CAGAGGGAGGUUUAUUAAAUUGCCGUCGGUUUCCUGAGAAAAGCAAGACGUGUGUUUAUUUACUAGUCAACCGAGGGUCAUAUUUUCAGGAUCACUUCUCCCAAAGUGCAUACGAUUGUAGCAGAAUGACACAGUGGGAAAGCUUGCAGCGGCUGGAUACAGUGUAUCUGCAGAAGGUUUUUGAUUUGUACAAUGGAGAUGAAUUCUCUAUGGAUGUGAGACAUUACCUGGCUCAUUGGAUCGAGGGCCAGGACUGGGAGCGUGCCUCUCGGGACUCUUCCCAAGCAGUGCUUCUGUUUCAGGUGCUUUUGGAGAAUCUGGACAACCAGUUCAGUCGUUUUGCGCAAGAGAAAGAGUCUUUCUUACUGCAGCGUAAUUUCCGACGUUACAAACAAAACUUUCAGAAGUAUCAAGAGGAGCCCUAUACUCUAGCUGCUAUUAUCCACUGGUUCCUAGUAAAGGAGAAAGAAAUCCUGAAUGAAGCAGAGCUUGCACAACAAGUGAAGAUGUUGCAGGUUCAACCAGUUGCACUGGAGUUGGAAAGCCAGAGACACUUAGAAAAGAUUUUAAAAGCUCUCAAGACCAAAGUAGAGGUGAUGGAACACAACAUAAGGUGUUUGGAGGAACACCAGGAUGAGUUUGACUUCAAAUAUCAGACACACCAAAUGGACAGUGGAGCUUGCACAGAAGAAGAGAAAAAGAAGCAGACAGAAGGGCUUCAGAAGAUGCUUAACGCACUUGAUAAGUCUAGAAAGACCUUCCUGUCUGACAUGUCGAUUGUGUUGGACUCUGCUGAUUCUUUGCGCUCAGUACUCGUUGAUGAGGAACUGGUGGACUGGAAGCGGAGACAACAGAAGUCCUGCAUUGGUGCUCCAGAUGAUACAAGUCUGGAACAAUUAGAGAAAUGGUUUACUCAGAUGGUGGACUCUGUUUUCCAGCUGCGGAAGUUUUUACAAAAGCUUGAUGAGCUGGUGGGGAAGAUGAGCUACAAUAAUGACCCCAUUCCAGUGCAAAAGCCCCUCUUAAAUAACAGAGUGGACACUCUACUGACCUACCUGCUGAAGAGUGCAUUCAUUGUGGAGACUCAGCCAACCAUGCCACAAGGUCGAGGCCCACUGGUGCUGCGCACAAAUGUCCAGUUCUCAGUCAGAGUCAGAUUCUUGUAUAAAGUUCCUGAGCUCAACCAUGUUAUGAAGGUGACUGUCUCCACUGACAAGGAUGCUCCACAAGUAAAAGGGGUUCGUAAGUUUAAUGUGCUGGGCACAUCGAGCAAAGCCCUUAACAUGGCUGAGAGUACGAAUGGGGGUAUGGUGGCUGAUUUCAGACAUUUGACUUUGAAAGAUCAGAAGGUUGGUGGUGGAGGAAAAGUAAUCAACGAGCUUUCAUUGAGUGUGACAGAAGAACUACACAAAGUAAACUUUGAGACACAGUUUGACUAUCAAGGCCUGUCUGUCUCUUUGGAGACCUCUUCUCUUCCCGUUGUGGUGAUUUCAAAUUCCAGUCAGCAGCAGAGUGCCUGGGCAUCUGUUCUUUGGUUCAACAUGCUUUGUUCAGAUCUCAAGAAAGUAAAAUUUUUUGAGAGCUCCCCUGUAGCCUCCUGGUCGCAGUUUGGGGAGAUGUUGAGUUGGCAGUUUCUCUCCUGUGGAAAACGUGGUCUGGACAACGAUCAGUUGGAGACCCUCGCCAUCAAACUUUUUGGUAAACAACAGAGUUAUGACAACUGUAAGAUAUCCUGGGCCAGAUUCAGUAAGGAGAAUAUCCCUGGUACAAACUUCACCCUGUGGGUGUGGCUGGAUGGUAUUCUCAACCUGGUUAAAGUGUACCUGUCAGACCUGUGGAGUGAUGGAUCUAUAAUGGGUUUUGUGAGCAAAGGAACAGAGAAGGUUUUAUUGAAGAAGAAGCAGAAUGGCACUUUCCUGUUGCGUUUCAGUGAGAGUAUCAGAGAUGGUGGAAUCACGUUCAGCUGGGUGCAGUAUUCUAACUAUGGCAAACCGGAUGUUCGAGCAGUGCAGCCAUUUACCAGUGCAGACCUGAAGCAGAUUGCUUUGCCUGAGAUUGUCCGCAACUUUCAGAUCAUGGAAGCAGAAAAUGUUCCUGUUAACCCACUGUGUUAUCUUUACCCAAACACCCCUAAAGACGAGGCAUUCGGCAAGUACUACAGCGAAAAGACUGGAGAGGAGAAUCCUUACUUGAAAUACCUCAAAACCAAAUUGGUUUUUGUCUCGCACAAAGAGAACGGAUGUACAAGCGUCAGAGAGGGGCCAGAUUCUGACCUGUGCACUCAGCACAGAGAAGAUAGUCAUAUGGGUUUGGAACAACAUAAGGACCCUCCCAUUUCUGAGAUGGCCAAUGAGGUCAUGCUCCAAGGGCCUGAGAAUUCACCCAUGCUCUCCAGCUCUACCAUUGAUGCUGACUUGCUUAACAGCAUUUUAGAGGAUGAAUUCAGUGUUCCACAAGCAUUCCCAGAGACCGAUUCCAACAUUUCAUCACCAUGCUUCCAAGACUCUCUUCCCAUGGCUAGUGUAGAUGUCCUCUUUCCAGAAGCAUUCUCUCCUCCUGACACUGAUGUUAGUAUAACAUUGCAAGAGUUCCUAAAUGAGCCGAACAUCCUGAAUGGAAUGAACCCUUGUUUCCUGCAGGAGGAGCCAGAGGCCUCCAUCCCUGAUCAUGGUCUUCAAGAUUUUGGUUUCCCUUUUAACAAGCCACUGACACCCUGAAUUUGACCCAUUUAACUUAAACCCAUGACCUAAUUGGACAACUCACAGUUUCAUAUUAAACAUUUUAACUUAACCUUUUCUUCUUGCAGUCUUAAUUGUGUCAAGUUGCAUCAUUGCAAGCAUCAUUGCAAGCCAGUGAUGUAACAUGCUUAUCACAACUCAUAACUUCAUUUACAAUAUUAAUUUCAUUUAUUUAGCCUUCCAUUUAUAUAUCAGUCUGUUCUUACAUGUAUCUGUUACUGGUAUAUGUUCUCUGUUUUAACAGAAGCAAGCCUUUUGACCCAUCCAAAUAAAAAAACAAAGACGGCACUCUGGGAUGAGGUCAUGUGACCCAUCCCGACCAUUCGUAAGCUGCUAGUAAUUAGAGGGGGGAAAUGUUUUAUUGAAAACAAUUCAAACUAUAUCACCGUACUUUUGUUUUAGAAGAGUAUGCAGACUGCCUGGGUACGUCAGUGAGUAUUGAUGCUGACUACCACCCCUGAAUUCGCGAGUCCAGUGCGUGCUGAGAGACUCCAGCCAGGUCUCCUAAGCAACCAAAUUGGCCCUGUUGCUAGGGAAGGUAGAGUCACAUGGGGUAACCUCCUCGGAGGUUAUUCUCCGCGGAGAUUAGCGUGAAGCCUCCACACGCGCUACAUCUCUGUGGUAACGUGCUCAACAAGACACGUGAUAAGAUGCGCGGAUUGACAGUCUCAGACGCGGAGGCAACUGAGAUUCAUCCUCCACCACCCGGAUUGAGGCGAGUCACUACGCCAAAAGGGGAGGGAAAAAGAUGAAUUUGCGGACAUUUCAGUUAUAUUGACUGUGUGUGUAAAAAUACAAACCCCUACUAUUUGAUCCAAGUAAUGAUUAGUUUUUUGCAAGUCAAAACAGUAGUUUGUAGAGAUUUUUAUUGAAGAGAUAUAAUUUGAUAGUUUAAGCUGUGAACUUUAUUAAGUCCCUAUUAAUGUGUUAAUAGAUGUCAGCACCUUCAUGCCAGUCAGCCACUGCUUCCCAUGCAAUUUUUAAAGGCAUGUCAUGUACAGCACUGUCAGUUCUGUGGUCACGUUGUGCAUAUAUUUAUGAUUGUAGAACAAACUAAAAGUAACCUAUGGAAUUGUAAACUUUUAAGAAGUGUAAAACACAUGAAAAUGUCUUUACAAGAGCGUUUUUGAUCUUUUGUAUCCCUUGGUUUGGAAUUUGGGAAUUUGCAAACCUUAAAAGAGACACAGUUGUAUUAGUUGUUGAGAUGUAAUCCCUUAAUGUUACACUGAGGGGAACAAUUAUCAUUAUGCUACUACAGUAGUCUUUUAAUACUAAGGUUAUGCUUUAUCUAAGUUCUGCAUCUUUGGAUUAUUUGUUAAUGAGAAACAAACAUAGCUUAAUGUUGCCCUAAAAAUGAUCUGUGAGUAAAAUUAUUUUAAUUAUUAUUUUUUUUGCCUCUUAAAAACAUUAACCUUAUCAUUUGUAUUUUGUCAUUUAUAGUCAAUCAUAUUUUACACCAAUAUUGAGUUGGCACAAUGUAGAGAAGUGCCAGGAAAUGUUUUUGAAUAUUUUGUUUGGAGUCAGUUGGAUUUUUUUCUUUCUUUUUUUUUUUCUUUUUUUACUUGAGUUAAUCAUUUAAAAGGGAAUAAGAUGGUUUUUACUAAAUUGCACAACUUCAAGAAUAUAGAAAUGUUGGAUUUUCCUGUUUCCUGGAUAGGCGAGUAAUCAGUUAGAAAGUUUUGAUUAGUCAUACACUGUUGUUAGUUUGGGAGUGGUACUUUUUCAGCACUUAAAUGAAUGUUCCGGUUUCAAUACAAGUUGAGCUCAAUCGACAGCAUUUGUACCAUAAUUGAUUACCAUAAAGAUAAAUUUAGACUUGUUCCUCCUUUUUAAAAAAAAAAAAAAAAAAUUGAGAUUACAGUGAGGCACUUACAAUGAAAGUAAAUGGGGGGCCAAUUUUUGAACAGUAAAAUACUCACUUUUUCAAAAGUAUAGCCGCAAGACAAACAAUAUGCUUGUAAACAUGGUUUUAGUGUGAUAAAAUCACAAACCAUUUCUGUGUAAAGUUACAGCCAAUUUUGCAACUAAUGUCAACAAACCCUAAAAUGACUGUAAAAACUACAAUUUAAACAGCUUUACAACUCAGAUAAUACAUGAGUUUUAAUAGAAGAAUUAAAGUACAUUUAUAAAAUUAUAAUCUUCAAAUUUCUGCCUAUUAACCCUUGAAAAAUUGGCCCCAUUAACUUCCAUUGUAAGUGCCUCACUGUAAUCUCGAUUUUUGUUUUUUUAAAGAAAAGGAGGAACGUGUUGAAAUUAAUUUUUGUGGUAAUCAACAUUGUGCCACAAAUGCUGUCGAUUGAGCUGAACCUGGAACAUUGUAUUUUAUCAUCUUAAGCUGAAGACAAAUUCUCUUGAUCUUUUGUGUUCCUGUUGAAAUAUUUUUUUAUUGUAUUUGUUUUAUAAAUCACAAAUUAGUUUAGUAUGUGUUGUCCCGAAUGUCCUGUCUCGGUUGAAUUGAUUUGUCAAUCCACAAUAAAAACAGUGAAUUGUUCUAGUAAUUCCUGGGUGUGACAUGGUAA